GUUUCGGUACAACGAAAUCGAUCUUUACGGUAGAAUAAAUUGAUUGGGGUAUCGGUGAAGUGUAACGGUGAGGUGGUGAGACUAUGGUGUGAUUAAGUUCACGAACUAUGCACGAUAUGGAAUUGCACCACAUUGCUCUAGAAAAGAGUGAACAAACGGCUUUGUAGCAUUUGCUCGACGAAUUUACGAUCUCAAGUGUAUCUUUGUGUCAACAUCGAAUAAUUGCAGUGACAUCAACUGAUGGGCGGACGACAAACGAGACGCCACCACGAUCAUCCACGGGCAUUGUUAUCAGCAGCAUCGUAGAAAGACACAAUACAAGCGCAAAGUCCUACUAUCACUUUACCAGAUUUCCCAAAGCCGUGUACUGCACCAUCAUCUUCAUUUGUCUCCCCCGACUUACCAACGCCUCAAGCUUCUUUAAAUCUUCCCGAGCAAAUCCCUCCCGAGAGCGGUAAUUAAGUUAUAAAAGAGACUAAAAGCGUGAAAAUCACUGGCACAUAUGCUGAAAGGGGCGUCAAGUGAAGUGGCUCCAUCCGCGGAAUGCUGUUAUUACCGCAGUAGCGCCUCGGUGGGAUAAAUGAGAAGGAUUAUUACCCCGAAGGAGACCCACACGAAUUGUCAUCGAGAUUGUUUCGGCAGCAGUGAACGAGAUGUGUCAUGUGUGACGUGUGAACGCAGUUUAUGAAACGGUUGACUUGGUGAAUGCUAAUAGGAUUGUUGGCUGCUCGGUCGGAAGAAACAAGCAGUAGGGGGUGAAAAUGGGUCUGGAAAGCAAAUAUCCCGAAAUGGAAGAAAACGGAACAAGUACCAAUUGUGCUGAUGGUGAUGUGAAAGAGCUAAAGUUUUCCGUUAACGAUAGCGAUUUGGGGGAAAAUGAACGAACGGAAAAGUAUGAAAAUUUGAAAAAUAGUGAAAAAACUAAAAAUGGAGCUGAGUUUGAGAAGAUGCUUCCGGACUUUGAGGAUAUGUUUAAGGACAUGCCGCUGACGCAGGACACUACCUGUGGUUUCUGGAUAUUCAAAGGACUGUUUCUACAAAAAUUUGCCAACAAAAAAGCCUACGUGUUCUUGUACGGUGUCGUCGGAUGCAUAUUUUCCGCUACUUAUGCGUACUUCAACGGUACAAUAACAACCUUAGAGAAGCGAUAUAAAAUUCCUAGUAAAAAUACCGGCAUUAUCUCGGUCGGAAACGACAUCAGUUCGUUGUUUCUGUCAGCCAUUCUCAGUUACUAUGCUGGCAAGGGUCACCGGCCUCGGUGGAUAGCAUUCGGUUUGUUCACCAUAGUGUUGUUCUGUUGGCUGAAUGCAGUUCCCCAUCUGUUGUACGGUCCGGGCGAAGCAGCCCUUUUGUUGACCACAGAACACGGAGCCAGCUAUGACGAGGACCAGAUCAAGGAAGUGUUCGAAGCGCAGAAAGCGAAAACGCUGUGCCGGGGCAAUGGUACUCGAGGCGCCGAAUGCGAAGUGGAAGAAGGCAACAUGGCCCCACAGGUUGUGCUGUUCGUGGCGCAGUUCAUUUCCGGCAUUGGAAGCUCGCUGUAUUACACUUUGGGUGUUUCAUACAUGGAUGAUAAUAUCAAAAAAUCGAAAACUCCAGCACUGGUUAGUGUGUCGUAUUUCCUGAGAAUGCUGGGCCCCGCCAUUGGUUACACGUUGGCAUCCUAUUGCUUGAAGUUGUACAUUUCACCAUCAAUGACUCCAACGAUCACAAAUAAUGAUCCUCGAUGGUUGGGAGCUUGGUGGCUUGGAUGGCUGGUGCUAGGAUUAGUUCUGGCGUUCUUCGCAUUGUUCAUUGGGAUGUUCCCGAAACAACUACCAAGAGCAGCCAUAAGAAAACGAAUAGCCACCGAGAAACAAAAACUUGGGAUGAAGUUAAGCGAAGUUAAGAAAGAGAAUGAAUUGCCGGCAUCAUUCAAAGACAUGAUGAUAACCUUUAAACGGUUACUGAAGAAUAAAAUUCUGAUGUUGAACAACAUUGCUUCAGUAUUCUACUUCUUUGGGUUCAUGCCAUACUGGAUAUUCACACCGAAGUACAUCGAGACCCAAUACAAACAAUCGGCUUCUACAUCCAGUUUGGUAACUGGUACAGUGGCACUGGCAUUCUCCGCUAUUGGAGUAUUGCUGUCAGGAAUCGUAAUUUCAAAGUACAAACCAAGAGCUCGAUACAUGGCAGCCUGGAACGUUUUGGUGGGACUACUUUCCGUAAUGGGCAUGGUAACUUAUGCGUUCUUGGGAUGUACAGCUGCUGAAAAUUCCGUUAUAGUAAAUCAUGCGUCCAGCACCGAUUUAAUCCCUACCUGUAAUUCCAACUGCCAAUGUGAUUAUGUGAAGUACUCACCGAUCUGCGGAGAGGAUGGCAACACAUAUAUUUCUGCGUGUCAUGCCGGUUGCAAACAGCAGUAUCAAAAUGGGGAUCUCAAGGUUUACGACGACUGCUCUUGCAUUUCUGGAAGAAACUAUUCCACCGCGAAUCCAGUGCUCGAGAGGUUACUGACAGCAAAUAGCUCAAUAGACAGUUCAUAUUCCCUCACGUAUAGUCAGUUGGCUGCUCGGGGAGGUAAAGCCCUGGCUGGACCAUGCCCAUUGAACUGUCAGAAAGAAUUCAUCACCUUCCUGGUGGUGAUGUGUUUCCUGAAAUUUUCCGGUGCCACCGGUCGGGCCAGUAACUUCUUGGUAUCGGUGCGAUGUGUCGACGAAAAGGAUAAAACCGUUUCGAUGGGAUUCGGUAUGAUGCUCCUAAGUUUGCUAUCUUUCAUACCGAGUCCGAUCUUUUUCGGGCUGGUACUGGAUAAGACCUGCCUGGUAUGGGGAAAAACAUGCUCUGGAAAAGGCAACUGCUGGUUGUAUGAUGGAGAAUCGUUGAGGUACCUCAUGAACUUCAUUGCUGCUGCAUUUGUUCUGGCUGGAACCCUAGUGGAUUGCGGUGUAUGGUAUUAUGUGAAAGAUCUGAAAAUAUUUGACGACGAAGUCAAAGACAAGGAAAUUGCUCUUGCUGAGAAGGAAGAAGAAAUCACAACUGACCGGCCAUCAUAGCAGUGUGCAAAUACGAUCUGUUAGUGUGUAAUUUUGGGAACAUUCCAAAAAAUUGUUUGUACAUUAAAUUAAAGUAAAUAAAUUUAGAUGACAUCAUCUCACG